CUAGUUCCUGGCUUCUCCCAGCAGCAGCAGCAGCAGCUGAAAAGAGAAACACACAAACAAACAAACCCAUAUCGAUGGUGAAGUUCUUGAAACCCAACAAGGCAGUGGUCCUUCUACAGGGCCGAUUCGCAGGCCACAAAGCCGUGAUCGUUCGCAACUUCGACGAUGGCAACCGAGACAGACCCUACGGUCACUGUUUGGUAGCUGGUCUAGCCAAGUACCCAAAGAAAGUGAUCCGCAAGGACUCGGCCAAGAAGACCGCCAAGAAGUCACGCGUCAAGGCCUUCCUCAAGGUCGUGAACUACUCUCACAUCAUGCCCACUCGCUACACUCUCGACGUCGAUCUCAAAGACAUUGUCUCCGCUGAUGCUCUUCAGUCUAGGGACAAGAAGGUCACUGCAGCUAAGGAGACCAAGGCUAGGUUCGAGGACAGGUUUAAGUCUGGAAAGAAUAGGUGGUUCUUUUCUAAGCUCAGGUUUUGAUUUUUUGUUUUCUGGGGUUGUUUCUUUUUCUAAUAGAGAUGGUUUUGUUUGAGUAAUGUUGGAUAAUGUUACUACAGAAUUGAGAAUUGAGAAAUGAGAUAAAUGUUAUUUUGUUAUA